AUGGAAGAGAUCUGUGACAGCAAGGCCAAGCCAGGAGUCAACCAUCUCGAGAGUAAUGUCGCAAAGGGAUUGCAGGAUGCCUCGACUCUUGCUGAGCUUGCAGCCAUGGCACUAUACGGUGUCUCUGUAUCGUGGCCUUAUCUUAGCCAAGCCCGAGGUGAUGGCUCGAAGAUUGUGAACCUUCUCGACCUCACGGAACUACACCGCAAACUCCCCACCUUCUGCAAUCAUAUUGCACUCCACCCUACUCUUCUUCUUGACUCUAAUGCUCCACUGGACGAGGUUACACUUGAUGGCAAACCAUUCAUGGACAAGAUGCUACUCGCUGCUGUGUGCAUGCUUGCCCCUGAUCUCCCUGGGCUCACGUGCAUGAUUAGUGCUAUGUUCUCUGGUGCAGCAAAGGGAUGGGUACAGUUCACCACAGAAUUCACUGUCGGUGGACCAUUUGACUCUCUGACACCUGCGGAACGUGCACUAGUCUUCAUCCCAUCCACCAAUGAUGCAAACGAGGGUGCCCUCGGCUCAUGGCGUGUCCAUGCUCGAUCACGUCCUAGCAGCACAGCCUCCACAUUCUCUAGUCAGGCACGCAGUGAGCGUAACAACACCGAAGAGUUCAUCGUGAAGUGCUGCAAUGAGGAUGACCAAGGCGGUGAGAACGCACAGUUUCGAGAAGAACUGGUGGAGAAUCAGCGGGAGCGCGCAGUCCAGUAUCGCAAGAAGCAGGAGGAAGAUCAACGAAAGAAGGAUCGAGAGAAGGAGAGGUUGCGAAGCAUUGGACUCAUUACUGACCGAGAUGAAAUCCAUAGAAUGACUGUUGCACAACUCAAGGAUCAAAUUGACAUACACCGGAAGUUAUUCAAUGAUGAAAUCCUCCUCAAUACAACCCAGAAGAGUCUGCCCAACAAAAUUAUGAAGAUGUAUGCUGUGCUGGCGGCAGUGACAAGGAACAGUGACUGGUAUGUGCUUGUUGAAGCUCCCAUCAGUUUCAUGUUAUCAGACUUGGCCCAACUUCUCCUUAGUCUUGCAGACAACCAGCUAGACUUGGGGAAUACCCAUGCAAAUACUGUGGAAGACACCCUGAUCCACGAUACCCCGGACCUCGAUACCAUCAUGGACGACGUAAAUACUAACAUUGGGCUUGAAGCUGACUAUGACAUAGACAUGUACUAA